AGGAAAGACAGUGAUUACCCCUGUGCCGACAUGCUGCAUAAUGGUAUCAGCGCCGCCAACGGAGCAGUGAAUUAAAUUGUAUCUGCAGCCGCUGUGAAGCCUUGAUGAGGGGGGCAGAUGCCUUUGUGGUGUUAUCAUUAUAACACAAUGGUCAUGUUGUCAUCAACCUUGCCAUCGGCAAUUGAAAAGGCAUGAUUGUGUGUUGGGGCUUUUUCUCCCGUCCUCCCUUCCACCCCCUCGCCAGCCCUGCCUCCCCAUCCCCAGCCGUUUCGUUGUGAAUAGGAGCAAUUUUCUAAGAGCUAUGAAAUCACGUAAUAGGUCCUAAUAUGCAGCUGCUUGGCACAGUGAGGCAGCCUCUAUUAACGUGGAAGUCAAACACAAUAUGUGUUUUGGCUGGAGAAUUGCUGAAUAUAUGAGCACAGGCCAGAUUUAUUCAGAUGAAAAUCCACACAACUGUCAGCACCACAAAGACAAACUAUCUGCUCCAUCCUUUGACAUGCGGCGCCCUAUUUCAAAUUCUGCCUCCACUCAAGUGGUCACAGCAAAGCAUUCAACCUGUAGGAUAAUCAUUUUGGAAAAUUGAAUGGUGGACCAAAACAUCUGAAACACAUUUUUAGUGUUUGGAAACAGAUUUGUAAUGGAUGGUGGAGUGGCCACACAUGCUCUCACCGAUGCACAUCGUUUCACAUUUACUUCAUGAAGGUAUGUGCAGGCAGGUGUGUCGAAUUUUAUCAAGAACCUUCCUGAAUGUCCAAAAUCACAGGCUAAUUUAUUUCACAUGGAAGAAUCUGCUAAAAAAUGUCAUUUGGUUUAAGUGAGAGGUGAUCUGCAUCCCCUUGUUACCAAUCACAUUUUACUUUUUUUUUUUAACUUUAAUUAUAAUCCUUAGGUUUUUUGUUUUAUGAGUUUAAGUUGUAGAUUUCUGUAAUGGGCUCAAUCUGUCGACUUGCUGGGGCGGUUCGUGAAUGUGAAGCGGCUGGGAUGCGAAUCAGCACCUCCAAGUCUGAGGCCAUGGUCCUCAGUCGGAAAAAGGUAGAUUGCCUUCUCCAGGUCGGAGGGGCGGUCCUGCCUUAAGUGGAGGAGUUCAAGUAUCUCUGGAUCUUGUUUACGAGUGAGGGCAGGAUGGAACGAGAGAUUGACAGGCGGAUCGGCGUCAUCAGUGACGCGGAUGCUUAACCGAUCAGUCGUGGUGAAAAAAAGAGCUGAGCUGUAAGGCAAAACUCUCGAUUUACCGGUCAAUCUACGUGCUGAAUCUCACCUAUGGCCAUGAACUGUGGGUAAUGACGGGAAGCACAAGAUCGCGGAUACAAGUGGCCGAAAUGGAUUUCCUUCGCAGGGUGGCCGGGGCUUAGAGAUACAGUAAGGAGCUCAGACACUCGGGAGGCGCUCAGAGUGGAACCGCUGCUCCUCCACGUCAAGAGGAGUCAGCUGAGGUGGCUCGGGCAUCUGGUUAGGAUGCCUUCUGGACGCCUCUCGUUAGAUGUGUUCCAGACAUGUCCCACCGAGAGGAGACCUCAUGGCCGGCCCAGGACCAGGUGGAGGGAUUAUAUCUCUCGCCUGGCCUGGGAGCGCCUGGGAAUCCCCCCGGAGAAGCUGGUGGAAGUGGCCGGGGUGAGGGCCGUCUGGGCUUCCCUCCUGAAGCUGCUGCCCCCGCGACCCGGACCCGGAUGACUCCUUUUCUAUUUAUAGGUUGCAGCUGAGAUUUGUUCAGGCCAUACCUGAUGGGGUACCAGAAUGCUAGGAUAUCGGCACCUUGUUUCGUUAAACUGUGCCCAGGUGGCGCUAUGAAAUGUCUGAAAAAAAAAGGCAAUCUGUGAUAUUGCUAUAGAUAUACACAGCCACAUGAAAUUUGGUACACAGGAGGAGCGUCCUCUUGAGGGCUCCAAUGUCAAAAUGGAGAUCCAACAAAUAAUGGCUCCAUAGCGCCCCCUGCAGAAUUUCAAAAUGUAAGCCUUGCUCCUGUGAGUGACCCAAAUUUAUGGCAUCAAGGACACGUAUGUUGGACCCCAAGAUGAACAAAAAAGCCUUUUGGACCCAUGGGCCACGCCAAAGCCGAAGUUGAAAAAAAAAAACACACAUUAGUGGUCAGAGACAGCCAAGUCUACAACAGAGGACACACUGGUGGACAGGCCGUAGGUGAUGAUCAAAUCCAGCGUUUGUCCUCUGUUGUGAGCUGGCUGUGUGACGUGUUGAAUAAAAUCCAUAUAAUUAAGAACAUUUAAAAACUCUAUGGAAAUCGGAUCAGAGGAGUUAUCUAUGGCUGUAUCCGAAAUGAAUCACUCAAUCCCUAACCCCUAACCCUCAUAUGGGAUUUUACUAUAUAGUUGACUAUGUAGUGAACUGAAUCACCGGAGUUUUCGGACACUACAUGGCAUGACGCAAUGCAUGACAGGAUGCCCACCACCGAUGAGUGACCAUCGGACGGUCACGAAAAUUUUGCAAUGCUUUAUGGGAAAUUUUGAGUUGCCUAUAUAGGGCACUGGAAUUGAUCACUGAGAUUUUGGACACCCCUCAAAAUGGCGCUAACCCCCAUGUAGUCACCUAUAUAGGGUUUAGGGAUCCAUUUCGGACACAGCCUAUGUGUAAGUUAAAAUCACUGGUUAAAACAAUCAUGCUGUAGGAGUUGUGUAAAACUGAUAAAAAAUUCAGUAAAUUCACGGCUAAAUGCAGUGCAUUUCUUGGGUGGUCUGUAUACUGUGAUACACAGGAUAGGAGGACUGCUAAAAACACUUGCACUGUACUCAAAAGUUGUUUAUUUAUCAAAUAAAACAGGUUUGGUGGCCAGGGUGUUUGAGGUUAAAGAUGCUGUGCCACCUCCUCUUCUACCACGCCUAACAGAAAAUGCAAAGUGGGAGGCCUCAGUGAGAACAACUAGUGCAUCCGUACCCAGCCAUGUUUCAGUUAAAAACAAACAGUCUAGUUUGUGGUCUAAAAUCAGGUCAUUGACAAUAAAAGACUUGUUCAGCAGAGAGUGGACGUUUAAAAGGGCCAUUUUUAUGGUAAGUGGCGGCUGGUUCACAAGAUGUUGUGGUGAGUGGGCUUUUGGGAUUUGAGAUUAUUGAAGUUAGUGGUAGGAUUAUGGGUGAUUUUCUGCAUACGCCUCUCUCUGCUGAUGACGGUCGGAAUGUGAAAUGUUGGACAUGAGUUUGCUGGGGCCAAUGAGGAGUGAGUUUUCACAGGGGGUACAGGGGCUAUCAAGAGUCAUGCUUGUGUGGACAGAGUGUGGUAGAAUAUGUUUGAAGACAGCAUCCGUGAACCUAAAUUGUUUGGGUGCAACCCAUCACUUCUAAAGAAAGUAGAGCGUAGCCAGAAUAAGUCAAAGUUCUGAAUAAAUAUGAAAUUUAGUGCUCUGCACUGAGUUUGAAGCCACUCAUGCAGGCUCAGGAGCCUGCUAAAGAGCCCCACUCCCCGAUCCAGCGUAGGAAUUGGGCCAGAAAUGAAAAUAAUUCUUCCACUGGCCUGCAGCAGUUCGAAGAAAUCCCUUUUUGUGACUUCAGAUUGUUGCCGGCCUGUGUCAUUUGUGAAGACAUGAACAACAACCUUCUUCACAGAUGGGUGGUCUGCAAGCAAGCCAGGGAUGACCCGAACAAUGUCUAACACUUUAGCUCCAGGAAAAAAGAAAGUUACAGCCAUCUUUGAUGUUAUAUUCCUCAUAUUCCUCAUAAUGGAAUCUCCGAUUAUUAUUGUGGACGGAGGCGGCAUCACGGAGGGCUCCUUAUUGGGCGCCGACAGUGGAUUUGCCGCUGCAGCCGGCGAGGGCCACAGCGAGGGUGCCCUGGCAGACUCUGUAGGAGUACCUCCUGCCCUGACAGGGGAAACAGGUCCGGCAGAGCCUCUUCUGGACACUGCCUCCCUCAACAGCUGGUGUCGAGAGGAUGAUGAGGAUGUUGGGAUCCGAUUUCCCGGUUGUUCCCCCAGCGGAGGAAAAUCCUGCAUGCCCAAGAUCUCGAACCUGUUGGCCAGUGGGAAAUCCUGGGAUGACGGAGAAGGAGGAAGACACGGUCGCGCUGUGCAGCACCUUUCCCUCUGUACAGCUGCCCAGGGCUCCGGUUGGCAUGGAGUGGAGUUCAGUGGUUGACAGCUGGCCACUCCAUGCCAGUUGACAGCUGGCUGCAUCUCCCCAGAGGAAGACGCAACAGGGGCUGUGUCCUCCAACUCGGCACUCAAGGAAGCUGGUGCUGCUCCAAGGAUUAUUGUAGCCAAGUAGUUCUUGGUGUCCUGGAUCUUGUAGAGUGUUGAGAUUCUCUGCUCCAGCUCACAGAUUUUCCUUUAAAAAUCGGCGCAGCUUUGACAGCCAGGCGAUAGGGUGAGUGGAGCCAUGGCCCUUGAGUGUUCGGUGCUUGAUUAUCCUGGAACACUAGGAUCAAGUGAGCCGAAAAAAUAAGAAAGUCCUUCCACACACAAGAGACGGUUGAAAAUUAAAAGUAUCUAAAAAAUCUGGUAAAAAAUCUGCUAAAAGAUAACUUUUUAGCAGUUUUUGGUAGUGGUAGAGCAGCCGGGGGGAUUUGCCUGUUAUCUGUUGGUUUUUUCAUAUAAAAAUGAACAGACAGACACAGUCUUUGUUGGUUUCUUCAGGGUCAUAUUUUCAGCCACAAUCUUUCUUUUUUGUUGGCUAAAGGCCGAUAAUGGAAAAACUAGAGCGGGACACAGGAACACGCCCUCUUUGUUUAGGAUGCAUGUUCAAAGUAGUCCUACCGCUCAUCAAGCCCUAAAUUCAUCCUCGUAUGGUUGUUAGUCCAACCCCAUAUGGCACAACACAUACCAGAACUACAUGAAGACAUUUGCAAAUUUGUAAGACUCAACAAAGUAUACGUUAAAAAAAAAGGCAGAUUGGGGCAUUUUGGAUUCAAAACAACUGCUAUCGAUGUUCCUUCAACAACAUUAAUCACGGUGAGAAACCAGCUUUACUCAAUGUACAUUGUAUUACAGGACGUUUUAACUAUAAUUGUAAAUACGGCAGCAUCUCUGGGAAUAAGGUGGAUAGAUUUCAAAACAUGGCCAACAUCCAAAUCAGGAGCAAUAUCAAACUGCAUGAUUCUAUGCAUUAUAACAUAAUUUAUAUCAAACACUAUCAAGCAGCUCUUUUGGAUUUGAUUGGAGUCAUUUGGGAUGUGUUUUAUGUGAAUUAGAUCAUGGUGAGACUGGCUCUGUGAUGGAGAUCCUGUGGAAUCUUGUGGAUCCAAAGAUUAUUAAAAUACUCAACAUUCAUGAAGGGACAUCCGUCUGAAUGUUACAGCAGAUUGGUGACCCACUUUGUCACCAGUUCAACUCAAUGAGAUGCAUACCUGGCUAUUGGUGGACUACAUGGAAAACUGAUGGACUUCAUUGACAGCUGGUGGACUACAUGAAUGAUUGAUGGACUACAUGGAAUAUUGGUGGACUACAUGGAUGAUUGAUGGACUACAUGGACUAUUGGUGGAUCACAUAGGCAAUUGGUUGACUACAUGAACUAUUGAUGGACUACAUGGACUUCAUUAUCUAGAUUUUUGGCUAAUUUUAUUCACUCACCACAGGGUUCAGCCAGUGGAGGCCUGGUGGGGUCAAGUGUUUUGCCCAAUGACACUUUGGCAUGUGAACAGCCUUGGGAUCAAGCCCCCAACCUUCUGACUAAGAAGUGACAGGCUCUACCACUGAGCCACCGCUGCUUCUGAUCAAGCAGGCAAGAAUGAAACCUGAGUAAAACUGCAAAAACAAACAAUUGACAAACUACAUCAUGCAUUUGCUGAUUCGCCAGAGGAGUGGCUGGUAGCUCUUUUUCCAAGUUAACAUGCAUAUUUAAUAUUAAGUGUGAUUUGAUAUAACUUCCUGUACUCUCUUCCAGCUGAUUAUGAGUUAAGCAGCUUAAGGUUUUUAUCAGUCUCGUUGGUUCCCUGAUCUGAUGAUUACAAACUACCGUAGUUUCUUUAGUUCUAUAUUGAUAUUGGCCAAGUAACACAGAAAACUGAAGGAAACAACACCCAAAACUGAGAAAACAAGACCCAAACUGAGAAAAACAACACUCACACUCUAGGAAAUGACAUCCAAAUCUAAGAGAAACCCUAACCCCAAACCAAGACAAACAAGUCCCAAACCCGAGAAUAAAAAUUGAGUAAAAGAAACAACUCCCAGAUUUAAAAGAAACAACAGUCCAAAACUGACUGCAACAACACCCGUACUGUGAGAAACAACACCCAAAACUGAGAGAAACAACAUCCAAACUGAGAGAAACAAAACCCAAACUGAGGAAAAACAACAUCCAAACUGAGAAAAACAACACCUAAAUCUGAAAGAAGCAAGACCUAAACGGAGAAAAAAAACACCCACACUCUAAGAAACAACACCCAAAUCUAAGAGAAACAACAACCAAAA